CCUGGCAGGAUGAUCCAGGUCUUCGAGCAUCACUCCAACAAAUUUUCUUGCAACUUUCUAAAUUAGCCAACAUUUAUCAGAAACCAUUGUCUUCUCCGGCACUUCUUCCUCCAAAGACCUUAGAUUUAGACGGAACCAUGCACAAAGCUCCUGUUUCCGUUAGUGAUGAAGGUGGUAUGGAGCUACCAGAUUUAGGUGAUGAAUUUAAUCUUGACGAAAUAGAGACGGUAAUAUCUCUGGAAGAAGGCAUUGCUGCACAUAAAAAAAAGGAUCAUAAAACCGCCUGGGAAUGUUUUGAAGCACAUGCAGAGCUUGGUAAUACCACUGCAAAAUAUUGGAUGGGUUAUUACUUGUGGGAAGGAUGUUUGGAUGGAAAGAAAGAUCGCAAAAAAGCAAGUGAACUUUUUAAAGAAGCAGCUGAUGAUGGUAUUUCUGAUGCACAAUUACGAUAUGCAUUUUCCCUGGUGAAUAACCCUCCAAUAAGGUUCGAUCGUGCUGUAUUUCUUGAAUAUUUGAACAAAGCUGCCGCUAAUAAUAAUCCUACUGCGCAAUUUAAUUUGGGUGAUAUGUAUUUAAAUGGUAAACUUAAAGUAGAAAAAAAUCCAAAAUUAGGUAUAAAAUACUUAAAAUUGGCUGCACUCAAUUAUCAACCAAAGGCCAUUGAAAUCUUAAACAAGAUGAAUAUUAACAUCUAUACUGAUGGACAAGAGGAAUAA